CUUAGUGCUUCAACCAAGCGUAGACGCCUUCACAUUACUGAACCAGAGAGUUUAAUUCUGAAGAUAUUUCAAGUGUUUUCCAAACUCUGUGCAUCGCCCUACCUCAACCUCUCUUUCCUUCUUACCUCCACACAAUCCUUUGUGGACCUCCUUCUCCCUCCUCCACUAUCAUCCCACGAUACACGAUCCUCAAGCCCCUUACUUCCUGGAAUCAGUCUCGUUCGUUUGGUGCAGUUUGGUGAGGCGAAUAGUCUUAUCCACCGUCUUCGCUGCUACCCUAUCAGCAGUGCAAACCUCUCAACUCCACCUCAGAGUGGUAGAGAAAAGCCUUCUACCACAAACACGGAAGCCCGUCUGUGGAACCUGCUAAGGGAUCACAUGAUGGAUGGUGUACAGUCUGUCGACGAUCUAGUCUACGAGGCAUCUGCAUGGGCUAUCAAAUCUCAGACAUCUACUCCUGUUCGAAAUUCCACUAAGUUUUUGAGUGCCAGCGAACCUUCUCCUGUUCUAAACCCCAACCUCUCAGAUGCUGUGGUAGAGUUUACUUCAAAGCUGCUGAAGGAGAAGGAGGAGGAUUUGGCAAAAGGGAAGAAUCCUAGAGGGUCUCUUCUUGCCGAAGUGACAUCGUCAUCGGUGGGAAGUAAAACUUCGUCGGAUCAGGGAUUAAAUGAGAAUUACUGUAACGCAAUACACUUACUUUGGCACUAG